GAGCUGAAGUACUGGGAGCUCUUCCUCUGGGUCCGAAUCAGUAGGUGACCCCGCCCCCUGAAUUCUAUAAGGCCCCACCAUGGGACGUCCCUCACCUGCUGCAGUUUGGAUCUGGAUGCUCCUGCUCUUGCUGUCGGAAUCCCGGGCAGGACACUUGAGGGCACAGGAGAGCAAGGUGCUGGAAGGGAAGGAAUGCAAGCCUCACUCUCAGCCAUGGCAGACGGCCUUGUUCCAGGGUGUCCGGCUCAUCUGCGGGGGUGUUCUCAUAGAGGACAACUGGGUUCUUACAGCAGCCCACUGUCAAAAAAAGAAAUACACAGUCCGCGUGGGAGAGCACAGCCUGAAGAAUAAGGAUGAGUCAGAACAAGAGAGGGCCGUGGCUCAGUCCAUCCCGCACCCCUGCUACAACAGCAGCAACAACGACCACAGCUACGACCUGAUGCUCAUUCAACUACGUGGCCGGGUACCCCUGGGGCCCAAAGUGAAGCCCAUCAAGCUGGCGGAUCACUGCCCUCAAGCUGGCCAGAAGUGCACCAUCUCAGGCUGGGGCACUGUCACCAGCCCCCGAGAGAAUUUUCCUGACACUCUCAACUGUGCAGAAGUAAAAAUCAUUCCGCAGCAUCAGUGUGAGAAAGCCUACCCGGGGCAAGUCACGGAUAGCAUGGUCUGUGCCAGCGACAGCAGUGGGGCUGACACGUGCCAGGGAGAUUCUGGGGGCCCGCUGGUGUGCAAUGGCGUUCUCCAGGGCAUCACAUCGUGGGGCUCAGACCCCUGUGGGCGGCCUGAGAAACCUGGUGUCUACAGCAAAGUCUGCCACUCCUUGGACUGGAUUAAGAAGACCAUAGGCAGCAGGGGCUGAUCCCAAGACAAGCUCUAAACCUCCCUCAAUAAACUCACAGCAUCAG